UUUUCUAUGGAAAUCAGACUGCAAGCUCUGGGAGAAGUUCCCAUUCUUUGCCUUCCUCCUCCCGGGACGAGAUUCAAAGACUGAAGAGGCAAGCCGGACUCUGGCUGUCAGAACCGCUCCUCGCGAUGCUGCUGCUGUGGGUGUCGGUGGUCGCAGCCUCUGCACUGGCGGCACCAGCCCCCGGGGCAAGGGGGUGGAGGCGGGGAGCCCCUGCGGCGCCUAACGUGGUGCUGGUCGUCAGCGAUGCCUUCGAUGGAAGGUUAACAUUUCAUCCAGGAAGUCAGGUAGUGAAGCUUCCUUUUGUCAACUUCAUGAAAGCACAUGGCACUUCCUUUCUGAAUGCCUACACAAAUUCUCCAGUCUGUUGCCCAUCACGUGCAGCAAUAUGGAGUGGCCUCUUCACACACUUAACAGAAUCGUGGAAUAACUUUAAGGGUCUAGAUCCAAAUUAUACAACAUGGAUGGAUGUCAUGGAGAAGCAUGGCUACCGAACACAAAAAUUUGGAAAACUCGACUACACUUCAGGACACCACUCCAUUAGUAAUCGUGUGGAAGCCUGGACAAGAGAUGUUGCAUUCUUACUCAGACAGGAAGGGAGGCCAAUGGUUAAACUUCUCCCUAGUAAGACUAAAGUGAGAGUGAUGGAAAAGGACUGGAAGAAUACAGACAGCGCAAUAAACUGGUUAAGAAAGGAAGCAGUUAAUUUCACCGAACCGUUUGUUCUUUAUCUGGGAUUAAAUUUGCCACACCCGUACCCUUCACCAUCUUCAGGAGAAAACUUUGGAGCUUCAACAUUUCAGACGUCUCUUUAUUGGCUUGAAAAAGUAUCUUAUGAUGCCAUCACAAUCCCGAACUGGUCGCCUCUGUCAGAAAUGCAUCCCAUAGAUUAUUACUCUUCUUAUACAAAAAACUGUACUGGGAAGUUUACAGAAAAAGAAGUUCAGGAUAUUCGAGCAUUUUAUUAUGCCAUGUGUGCUGAGACAGAUGCUAUGCUUGGUGAAAUUAUCUCGGCUCUUCAUCAAUUAGAUCUCCUUCAAGAAACUGUUGUCAUAUAUACUUCCGACCACGGGGAGCUGGCCAUGGAGCAUCGGCAGUUCUAUAAAAUGAGUAUGUAUGAAGCUAGUGCCCACGUUCCACUGCUGAUCAUGGGACCGGGGAUCGAGGCCAACCUCCAAGUAUCAAACGUGGUUUCUCUUGUGGAUAUUUACCCUACUAUGCUUGAUAUUGCUGGAAUUCCUGUGCCUCAGAACUUGAGUGGAUACUCUUUGUUGCCAUUAUCAUCAGAAACAUUUAAAAAUGAACAGAAACUCCAAGACCUACGUCCUCCCUGGAUUCUGAGUGAAUUCCACGGAUGUAAUGCAAAUGCGUCCACCUACAUGCUCCGAACUAAGCAGUGGAAGUACAUAGCCUACUCCGAUGGUGCUUCGGUGUCGCCACAGCUCUUUGAUCUUUCCUCAGACCCAGAUGAACUAACAAACAUUGCUCUAAAAUUUCCAGAAAUUACCUAUUCUUUGGAUCAGAAGCUUCGUUCCAUCAUAAACUACCCUCAAGUUUCUGCUUCUGUCCACCAGUACAAUAAAGAGCAGUUUACCAAGUGGAAAGAAAGUUUAGGACAAAAUUACUCCAAUGUCAUAGCGAACCUUCGGUGGCACCAGGACUGGCUGAAAGAACCAAGGAAGUAUGAAAGCGCCAUUGGCGAGUGGCUUAACCACACUGAUACAAAACUCCUCAAGCAAUAAUAAGACUGUUUUACAGCUGCACAUAAAUAUGUUUGAAAAUCAAGACUAUGUAUUUUAAUGAAGUUUUCAUAAUUACUGAAUUUUUUACUUUUGAAGAACAUAAUACAUUUUAAAGUAAAAUGCCAGUGAUUCUAGAAUUAGAUAUUUUCAGAAAUGGUUAUGAUUAAGAUCUUAUUUUUACGAGCUUCAAACAAUUUAAUGGAAUUCACAGGAAUGGAAGCACUAAUAUAAAAGUUAUAUUCCUCUGAAUAAUGUAGGAUGUAUUUAAAUAAUUACUAGUUAUUAACAAUUACUAGUUAUUUCCUACUGACCAUAAAGUAGUUAUGUGUAUUUGGUGGUGUUUGAUGAGUUAUUUAUAUUUAAUGGACCAUUUGGAUGUAUUUGAUGGGAGCAUUUGGAAUAUUUGUUGAUAAUAGAACAUAGACCUUGAGUAUAGCUGGUUUUAUUACGUUUUAAAAUAAGUGAUACAUUUUAAAAAGCGCAACGUAAAAGCUUCAAAAGGUACAAAAGGGCCAACCGUGCUGAUGACGUUUCCCUCCUUUCUCAGUCCCCUGCCACCCAGGUCCCCCUUCUGUAAGGCAGCUACUGACACCUUCCCCUGCCUGCUUUCAGAGACUGACCACACAUUUACAGAGAAUUGUACGUACAUAUUUUUUUUCUAUAGGGUGCAUGCACUUGCCAGAGAUACAGGGAGAAAAAGCGAGAGAGAGGGAAGGUGAUAAAUCACUCCCGCCCAGGGCAUUUGCCACGCUUUAGUCCCUUCUCCUCCAUUCUCCUCUUGGGAUUUUUUGGGCAGACAUCUACAUAGGCCCACAUGGUUUCCAAGCCUCCAGAUCUGGGACUUGAACCACAUGGCUGACCAUGUGGGAUCCAGUGCCUUUAUUUCCAAACCACAUGCUGGCCCAUAGGUGUACAAAUAUUCUUAUACUGGCCAUGCAUUUAUAAACAAAUGUAAAUAUUUCCUUCCCCCCACAGAAAUGCAUAGUGCGCAUAAUUGUUCUGCAUCCCACUGCUGCUUUUUCUUUUUUUUUUUUUUUU